GCAGGCGAGGAAAGACUUCAUCACAGCCAAGUACACGGAGAAGCGCUUCGCCAGGAAGAAGUGUCCCGACCCGACGUCGCGGCUCCACACGCUGUGCGACGCCGUGAAGGCUCGAGACAUCUUCUCCCUCAUCCAGGUCUACGCCGAGGGAGUGGACCUCAUGGAGCCCAUACCUCUGGCCAACGGGCAUGAACAAGGAGAGACGGCCCUUCAUCUGGCGGUCAGGCUGGUGGACAGAACGUCUCUGCACAUCGUCGACUUCCUCACCCAGAACAGUUUAAAUCUGGACAAGCAGACGGCCAAAGGCAGCACGGCGCUGCACUACUGCUGCCUGACCGACAACAGCGAAUGUCUGAAGCUGCUGCUGAGGGGGAAGGCCUCCAUAGAGAUCGCUAAUGAGGCCGGGGAGACGCCGCUGGAUAUCGCUCGGAGGCUCAAACACCUACAGUGCGAGGAGCUGUUGAAUCAGGCGCUGGCGGGAAAAUUCAACGCCCACGUCCACGUCGAGUACGAGUGGUGCCUCCAGCAUGAAGACCUGGACGAGAGCGACGAGGAUCUGGACGAGAAGCCGAGCCCCCACCGGAGAGACGAGCGUCCGGUCAGCUGCUACACUCCGGGCAGCAACUCCCACCUCCCGUCCAGCUCGGCGGGCCGCGACGGCCUCGGCAAGGACAAGCAGCGGCCCUACAUGCCCAACCUGGUCAACAACGAGACGUACGGCACCAUCCUCAACACCAACCCCCCUCAGCCCGCCACCACCUCGGCCCCGCCGCUGCCCCCGAGGAACCUGGUCCAGCUAGCCGGUCUGGGGGGGAUCAGUCAGUCGUCAGCGUCCAGCAGCUGGAAGCCCGGUUCCUUAGACCUGGUGGGUCGACAGAGGUCGUCCUCGGACCCCCCCAACAUGCACCCGCCCGUACCCCCGAUGAGGCUCACUUCAACCGGAGCUCUGGGUCUCGCUCCUGUGGCGAAGAUGGAAGCGAUGAGCAUUCAGUCCAAGUCCAGUCAGGGGCCGCUGGCGUCCAGGACAGCGCCGCCCAAAUCUCCUGCAGGCAACGAUAAGAGCUUCAACAGAGGACCUCUAAACCGAACAGAAUCUAUUGAAAGAGCGGCUAAGGAAGUGCCAGGAUGCCCCCAGAACUCCAUAGGUCAGCCUCUGCCUCCAGCCCCCAUGCCGAGGAAGGCCUACCCGAAACAGAGGCCGAAGCGAGUGAAAGCCAUCUACAACUGUGUAGCCGACAACCCCGACGAGCUGACCUUCUCCGAGGGCGAGGUGAUCGUGGUGGACGGAGAGGAGGACCAGGAGUGGUGGCUGGGCCACAUCGAAGGCGAUCCGAAGAGAAGAGGAGCCUUUCCCGUUACGUUUGUACACUUCAUCGCCGACUGAACGGUCGCUCUGGGUCUCAGGAAGUGUUGCGGGAUGCAGCGCCCCACUUUCACCCGUCUCAACAUCCGCCAUCGUCCCAGUGUUUGCCGUCGACAUCGUCAUCAUCAUCAUCAUCAUCAUCAUCAUCUUCUCCUUCACCGGCAUCUUGAGUGAGCUCCUCUUAAGUGUCACCACCACAGCGUUGUAUGGGUGUCGUCACGGCAACUGUUACAGACCAACAGGGGGCUCACGGGACCACAUGUGGUUUUUAAUGCUUCCUGUUAAUGUUCCUGACACAGGCUCUAAGAUUUAAAGAAAAUAACGAUGAUUGUAGUGAACGACCUCUGGCAAUAAAUGCACUUUUCUCGUCUUUAUCCGUGUCACAGCAUAAGAUGACACAGUGAAGGUUGUAUGUACAGUAUUCAUCCGUUUUCCGUUCAGCUGCGUUGUACAGACGGUCCUUUAACGUGGCGGUGGUGUGGAGGUCACAGCAACGUGUCUUAACUCACUAACAACUGUAAAUGUGAACAUGCUUACAUUCCACAUCUGUGCAUGAGCGACUUUUAAAUGCUUGGUAGCUGCAACUUUCCACAUGUGUAGUCGUCGUCCUCCUCCUGCAGGGAGGUUUCUCUAAAGGUGCUAAGUUAACCCUGGAAUAUGCUGGAAGCUGCACUGGAGGGAGCGCUUCCCCGUCCCCGUUUCAGUGACGGACCGGCGUUGAAAAGGGGGACGCUGCAUUUUGAAACAGCCUCCGACUGGUCACGCCUGGGAGAGCCUCGCUUUCUCAGGUGUGUCCAGAGUAAUAGAGCUGCAAAAGAAGUCAAUGUCGUUUAUCUUCUGCUUUUCCACACACACUGCCUGUAGCAUUCUAGCAUUAGGGGAGUCACUUUCAGCAGCAGGACUCUUCCUCCUUCCUUCUUCCUGAUCUGUUUCAGGUCAAACGCUGACACUGACUGGAGCUGCAGCAGCCAGUAAUUACCUUUAUGCUGAGUCUCGACACCUCAGGCUGUCGUCGCCUCUCAUCUGCCUUAUUAGAGGAGUAGAAAGUGUGUGUGUUUGUGUGUGUGUGUGAGCGCAUGUAUCAUCUGCACAGAAUAAGCUGCGAAUGAAAGGAUAUUAAAAUAAGAGGAAAUAAAUAAAAACGAGAGCGUGGGAGUGAGAUGAAAAGCAGGAGUGAGCUCUGUGACUUUUGUUGCUUCCUCUUGCCUUCGAGAACAUUCUGACGGGCUGAGUUUUGUUUUGUACACAAAUGAGCUGAACUGAGUUUGUCUUUGACACAACCUGACAGAAAGGAGCAUCCCUCCUUUAGCUUCAUGUCAGGACAUCUGAUGUAGAAACAGGUUUAUCUAAUGUGUUGCGAAGUGAAUAUAAAACAGUGUAAUUAACUUCAGUUUAGUUGCAGAGCAACUGUCUCUCUGUUCAUAUUGUUGAUAUUUAGGCGUUUAACCUGAAACCAGAGCCUUCCAUGGAUUUGUGAAUGACGAGAAGAGAAGCGUGUGAAUCGUAGCUGACGCGCUUCUCUUCGCCAUGUUUAAUAUUAACUCACUGGAAACAGGAAGAUUUAAUAAUCUAUUCGUGUAAAUAUGUUUGGUUUUGUUUGUGGAUAUUUAAAUGUAAAAAAGAGCAGAGUUAACCUGGGCAGUAAAUGUCUUUUAAUGCACUGUGGUGACGAGCAGUUACAAACGCGACCUCGGCUGGACCUGCGUGUGCUACAGACGCUCACGAGUGGGAACAUCAUUCAUUCUCAUUAACCAUCUGUGGAUCACUGCAUUGACUCUUUAACUCUAUUGUGAAAGUAAAUGGGAAAAUGAAACUGGAAUAAUAAAAUAUGAGAUAAUACGA